UUUUCCAUACGCUCGGUUGUGGCACGCGCGCGCGAGAGGAGCGUCGGUCAAGGCAGGAAGAUAUCGAGCAAUACCCCCAAGAGUAAAGCCAGAAAUCAGGGGAAAUACAUACAUAUAGCGACUAUUAUUAUUGUUGUGAAAGGAAAUCCUCAAGAUGACUAAAGUGGAGCUCUACAAGUCGCGUGUCUUUGUGACCAUCAUACACCUGUGCGCCCUGGGCCAGUUCGCCUAUGGCCUCUACUACAGCUCCUUUGACAUCCAGCGCAGCUACAAGCUGAAGACCAGCCUGAACCGUCGCCUUGUGCCGGAGUCGCUGUCCCAGAAAAUCAAGUUCCUCUCCUACUGGUCGCUGAUAAUUCAGGCGCUGUACUACACCGUCUCGCUGGUCAACGAUUUUGUGGGAACCAACGAGCUGACCCCCAAAAAGCCGCCAGCGGUGCGCAGAUUCAAGGACUGGCUAAUGGCCACUCUGGCCUUUCCGGUGGCCAUUAAUGUGGGCGUGACCUUCUGGACCCUGUACGCCAUUGAUCGAGAGCUGGUCUUCCCCAAGGUGCUGGACCCCGUCUUCCCGAGCUGGCUCAACCAUGUCCUGCACACCAACAUUGUCGUUUUCAUCGUCUUGGAGAUCUUCACCUCGUACCGAUCAUAUCCCAAGCGAAGCCAGGGCCUCACCGGACUGGCCAUCUUCAUGGGCGCCUACCUGGUGUGGAUUCAUGUGGUGAAGCACUAUUCCGGCGUCUGGGUGUAUCCAGUGCUGGAGGUGCUGCAGCUGCCGCAGCGCAUUCUCUUCUUUGUGGCCGUCAUCGGGUUCACGCUGUCGCUGUAUCUGCUGGGCGAGUUCCUUAACAACACCGUCUGGGCCAAGGAGGUGAAGCUGGCCAAGCGCAAAAUAAACUAGGCUGGUGUCCCUGGCGUUUUCUGUUGCACGUAGAGUCGCGUUCGAUUAGCCACAAAAUACAAGUAAUGAUUAAUAAAAGAAA